AUGGAAAAGUUAAAUGUAAAGAAGAAAGAAGGGGUUGCGAAAGUUUUGGGAACAUUAUUAGGGAUUGGUGGAGCCAUGAUUCUUACUCUCUACAAAGGCUUUGAGAUUAACAUUUGGACAACCCGCGUUAACCUUCUCCAUGGACGACACAUGUCUCAUCUUCCUCAAAAUUCUCAUUCUCACAAUCUAUUGCUUGGAAGUUUGCUUGCUUUUGCUAGUUGCCUCUCUUACUCUUCCUGGCUCAUCCUUCAGGCAAAAAUGAUGAAGAUAUAUCCGUGCCAGUACUCAAGCACGGCGUUGAUGUGUGUAAUGGGUGCAAUUCAAGGUGUGGCGAUCUCAAUUUGUGUGGAGAGGGAUUGGAAGCAGUGGAAAUUAGGUUGGAAUAUAAGACUUAUCACCGUCACAUUUGCGGGGAUUGUGGGUUCGGGAGCGAUGGUGACGGUAAUGGCCUGGUGCGUACGUAUGAGAGGCCCCUUGUAUGUAUCCGUCUUCAGCCCUCUCAUGCUUCUCAUUGUAGCUAUUGCCGGAUCUCUCUUUCUCGAUGAAAAAUUGCAUCUUGGCAGUGUAGUAGGAGCAAUGUUGAUUGUAUGUGGUUUAUACAUGGUAUUAUGGGGCAAAAGCAAAGAGAUGAACAAGUGCCUUCAAUUGACACCAUCUGAAAGCAUAGGACAACUUGAGUUGAAAGACAUUGCGGUGACCACUCCAAACCCUCUAAAUGAAACCCACAUUCAAGACAUCAAUGCCAACAAGAGCAUUAUCAAUUAAAUUUAUGAAGACUUACUAUAUAGUCUAGUUUUAAGUCUUGUUUUUUCUAGAGUAUACGCUUUUCGUGAUCUUUAAAUUUUAUUUGAAAACUUGUUUUAUGUUUUCUAUUUAAUUUAUGUAGCACAAUUAAGAAUAUAUCCGUCUAAAUAUCA